AUGUGGUCAACGAAUCCGGCUAUAGUAAUUGGAUCAGAUUGUGGUACACGAUUAACUUUAGAUAAAGAUGGCGGCGACGAAGCACAUGGUGUAGAAGUGUUAUUUAGACUUAAAUUAUUUAAGUCGGAUGAAAUGGAAUCGGUCGAGGUCGUAGAGGAAGAUGAAGACGACCCAGACGGUGAAUGGAGAGUCGAAGAGGAUAAUCUACUGUUAGAUCGUGUAUGUAAAGUAGAUUUUGCCCGACUACAUAUUUUUGUGUUAUUGUAUUUGAUGGGCGGAGAAGCAGCUGUUGCUGCGAGAGCAGUGGUCUUCGAUCUUGUAAUAAUACCCAUCUAA